UAGGGUUUAUGACAAUCCCAUAAUCAUCAGUUGUGCUUAAUACAUCAAUAUACAGUGCAAUCAUAUUUUUUGACAACUCCUUUUAUCAAACAAAAAUGUCUUGCUGUGGAGGAAAGUGCGGAUGCGGUUCUGACUGCAAGUGCGGCAGCGGCUGCAAUGGAUGCGGCAUGUACCCUAACAUGGAGAACACCGCAGCUGCAACACCCUUGAUCGACGGUGUUGCACCAACGAUGAUGUACGCUGAGGGCUCCGAGAUGAGCUUUGGAGCUGAAGGAGGGCAUGCGUGCAAGUGCGGAUCAAACUGCACCUGUAACCCGUGCAAGUGUUGAUGAUUAAAUGGAGGAAUCGAUGCCCUAAUAAAGCAGCUUGUUUGUGACUUUAAGUGUGUCUUUCUGUGUGAAAGCAUAUGUUAUUAUAUGGUAUUAUAAUAAGGGAGCUGGAUGUCAACUGCAAUUUUAGUCUUGAAAUUGUAUGUGGUGUUCGGCUGCUUGUGGGUUUGGAUACAUUGUUGUUUCUGCUUUAUGGGUAUCGAAAGUUUGUACUGCUAUAUAUUAUAGUGAAGGAGGGGGAUGAAUCUUUGGAUUGUAGUGUGUUUGGAACAAAUGUUAUGAAUGAUAAAUCCUUCAUCUUCAUUAA